CUCAACAUGGGGACAGGAGAGCUGUCAGUCAGUAAAUGGGAAAACAAAGUAACUUGUGUUACUUAUUUGAAAAAGUAACUCAGAUGUUUUGUUGUAAAUUUAAAAGUAAUGUGAUACUUGUUACUUGAAAAAAGUAACCUGAUUACAUAACUCACUUUACUUGUAAUGCGUUACCUCAACACUGUUGAACGGUAGUAUAUUAUCGGCAGCCUGUAUAAUCAUAUGCUAGUCUAAGGUAAGUGAUGUAGCUGUAUAAUUAGGGAGAGAUCUACAUUUUUACUAAGUUGGAUCACAUGAUCCUCCCAUUUGUUUUAAUCUGAUUUUUAUUCAGCCUUUAGCUGUUCAUUGGAUAUUUCCAGCUCCACUUUCUGUUGUUAAGAGAGAGAAUAACCACCCGAUAUGGAUUUUGAGAAAUCUGUUACAUCAAUGGCACAUUUUUCCAAGGAAGUCAAAAGGUCACUGAAAAUCAAAGUCACAGCUUGCAAUUCAGGUUUACUGAUUAUAGUAGUGAACCAUGUACAACAAAAAUUGAAUGUAAUGAAUUGUAAUUAAUGUCACAGAGUAAAGAAUAGUGAUGUCUCUCUGAUAGGAAUAUUAUUUUACAGUGCCUUUAUUCCUCACUACUCUCUGUGUAGUGGAGGAGUGUGUUUGUUUGGGGAAGGCUCAGGUAUUUCUCACCCAGAUGAGGAGAUUUGGGAGCCUGGGAGAUUCUGGUGAGGGACCAGGAGGUCUGUUGGUCUGCCUCAGGACAGGGGAGACCAGCAUCGCACACAAGGAGGCAGAAUGCUUUGAGGACCACUGCAGCUCCUCAUUGAAACAGUGCUCUCUGCGUUCUCUAAAAACCCCUUGACUGAGCUAAUCGAAGGGACCAGAGCUCUGUGUCUGUAAAGCACCUGGAAACCUGAGAAGGAGGCUGCUGGCCAUGGGAGCCUCCAGGGUGAAGGUAUGGGCUGUGUCACUCAGCUCUGUGUUCCUGUUGUGUGUCCUGCAUGCUCAGGCCCAGCAAGAUUAUUCUGGUUUACAAUCAGGAGAAGAACACAUGUAUGAAGGCUCCUUAGUUGAUCGAUAUGAUGAACAUUCUGGAUACCCUCACAGUGUUGAAUAUCCUGCAGAGUCCAAACGCAACAAUGAAGAUGAGCACUCAGCAUCUGGCUUCGACCCCUAUGCGCCUGCAGCCACCAUGGUGACCAUGAUCACUGAGGAAACAUACCCAUAUGCCACAGUCGUGGAUUCUUUUGAUUACGCCAAAGAGGAUAAAACCUUAAUAACACAGGUGCCAUAUGGAGGAGACGCUGAACUGGGGCAGGAGAGACCCACCGAAUGCGACUGUGAAGCAGGAGAGCCGGGAUUUGGAGGCUUCGCUGGACCCAAGGGUUCUAGGGGUCUUCAAGGCAAACAGGGGUUUCCUGGGGUCCAAGGAAGGGAGGGUUACAAAGGAACCAAAGGAGUGAGAGGAAGAGGAGGAGACACCGGCCCUGAGGGCGACUCUGGGCCUGAUGGAGAGGACGGUGCAUCUGGUUUCUCUGGUGCAAUUGGUCUUCCCGGGAUACCAGGGGACCCAGGUGAAACUGGCCUAUCUGGAAUAAAGGGUGAUGUCGGAAUAGAGGGUCCUCGUGGAGGACUGGGUCUCUCUGGAAAGACUGGUCCUGUUGGCCCAAAAGGUAAAUCGGGAAAACCAGGAGGUAAAGGUGUUAAGGGUUCUGUUGGUAAAACAGGAAAACAGGGUCCUGAGGGACGACAGGGACAGAAGGGUCAGAUGGGAGCACCUGGAUUCUCAGGAGACCGUGGAGAGCAGGGUUACUUGGGUUAUACGGGAGUUCCAGGAGACCGUGGGGUGACAGGACCAAAGGGUGCUAAAGGUACAGGUGGCUUGCCAGGAAGUGAUGGGGAGCCGGGAGAAGAUGGUCCUCUGGGUGUACCAGGAGUUGUGGGGGUGCCCGGGCCUUUUGGACCCAAGGGUUUGAAAGGUGAUCGUGGUCUGAGGGGGCCAUCUGGAAGAGUAGGAAGUGUGGGUCCACAAGGAGACAGUGGGGAUGCAGGAGUUCCGGGAAAACCCGGGCCAAAAGGCUUGCCUGGGCCCACAGGUGCCAAAGGGGAAACAGGACCAGAUGGUGAAAAGGGGACACAAGGACGAAAAGGAGGGAAAGGUGCUAAAGGAGAUAAGGGAGAUACUGGAUCUCGCGGUGACAAAGGCCAGCGUGGAGUGAAGGGUCGUUUCGGCCGCGACGGGCUUGUUGGUCCUAUUGGACCUCCAGGUCUUCCAGGUCCCAGAGGAGAUGAAGGACCUAGAGGAGACCUGGGAGGGAAAGGACAGAGUGGGCCGAAAGGAGAGCCAGGUGAACCUGGUCCAGGACUGACGGAUGAACAGAUAUUGCAGCUGUGUCAAGGUGUGGUCACUGCUCAGAUCUCCCAGUAUGCUGCAUCUAUACGUGCCAAAUGCGUACAGGGCUGUCCGAUCAACAACCGUACCCUCAUCGGACCCCCAGGUGUCACAGGACCCCCAGGAAGUCCAGGAAGAACAGGUAAAGCAGGAAAGUCAGGUGCUAAAGGAGAAAGAGGCCCUCAAGGCAUGAAAGGUGUAGAGGGCCAGGAAGGAGCUCCAGGGGACAGAGGUACUAAAGGUCAGAAAGGACAGAGAGGUGAUGCUGGCAAAGGUCUUCCAGGGCAUGAUGGUCACCAAGGCCUCAGAGGACUGCCAGGCCAUCCAGCAGAACCUAAAGAUGGCCUUGAGGGGCCACAAGGACCUCGUGGGUUUCCUGGGCCUGUGGGUCAGCCUGGAAUGGCUGGUGAUGCAGGAAUACCUGGCGUGUGCGAGGCGCGAGACUGCAGCAUUCAUGCACCUGUAAUGCGCAAAGAGAUGGGAUUGGUCAAAGGCCCCCUCAGCCAGGCCUGAUAACAGGAUAGAUUGUGAUUGACCUGGGACAGAAGGGCCUUUCCAGCAGAGACCAUGGGUGCCAUGGGUGCCUUUCUGCACCCAACCAUGCUGUUGGAUGCAGACUGGAUUCAAGACAGACUGGAGUCAAGACUUGGAGAUCACGUUUCUAUGGGUUUUGUUUUACUAGUUUGAUUCUUUGAAGGCCUCAAAUGAAACUACACAAAUGAAUACAACCAGCACUUUUGCUUUCAUUCAACAAUGUUUUGGUUUCAUUAUGUAUACAGUACAGACAUGUAAAUAAUUGUGUAAAGCAUCUUAAAUAUACAUCUACUGUGUCCUGAAAUAUCAUGUUUUAUUUUCUCUAAAAACAAUCCUUAAAUUAUUUAGACAAUGCAGUUAUUUUGCCCAGUAGCUUCAGGGAAGUAUUUCUUUCCCCUUUGAAUCAUCAAGCUGUAUUAAAGAUAAUUUUUUGUAAACUGUGUAUGAUUGAGUGACGUGACUGUAGAGUAACCACAAAAUUUUCUGAUCAGUGUUCAAACCAUUAUCAAACAUUUUUGAAUGACUGUAAAAUCCAUUUAGAGAAAUACUUUAUCUUAUGUUGUUUUUGUAGUCCAUUCUGAUUAAUGGAUUAUGAACAAAAUGCAUUCGUUUAUAGCAGUUUAUAGAAAUAAUGUUUAUUCACGUCACUAAAAACAUUUAAUAAUCUGCAAAUUCUGUAAUGUUCAAUGUAAAAACUGACAGUUUCAAAUUCCUAAACACAUACAUUAAAGUUGUAUUGGUACAUAUAACUUUGCGAUGCGUUUAAUUUGGUUCUUACGGUCUUGUUUUAUACAGUGGCCCUAAAUAAUUAAACACGUUUAGCCACAAUUAAAAACAUUUAAAAAUGUGUAAGUAUAAAACAACAUCAAAACAAGCAGCAUUUAUUUUAAAGAUAUAAUAGCAUAACAUUUUACAAAAUGGCAAAAAUUUGUUCCAAAAAAAAAAAGUAAAAUAUAUUGUUCAAAAAUGAACACAAAAAGUCUUUGGCUUUGUGUUUAUUGUUGACAAAUGACAAUGAACUACAACAGUGGUUAUUCUGCCAGGACACUGUCAUGUUUUUUUUCUAUAGUAUAGAACAAAAGGUUGUUUCACAAGUUUCUUUCGACUAUACAAAAAAACAAAUUAUCAAUUAAAAAAAAAAAACAGCAUAGUUAGAACAUUUUGUACAAAUAAUACUUUAAUUUGAAGAAAUUUUUGUUUUAUGCAUCAGUCCAGUGACACGGUCAAAAAAAAAAAAAAAAAAACUAGACUAGCAAUAAAACAAUCAUCAGAGGUAGAUAUGAAGCAUAGAAAAAAAAAAUAGAUAUAU